UCAACACUAUUAAAACAACUGAAAAUUAUUAACGCACAACAUGACGGCAGGUGAAUUCCCGCGCCGUAGUCACGCUGCUCGUGAAGGCAGAAAAAAACACGACCACUGCCGUGCCGUACAAAAACAUGGCUGUCGCCCUACUGAGCGGCCAGCGGCUGUAGGAGGGGGCUAUUCCUGUGUUCGUCAGUCGUCGCACGCCGGUUCAGCUGCCAGUGGCGAGGUCAGACACCUCACAGGGUCUCGUGGACAUGAAGUGAGAGGAAAACCCGAAUCGGUUCUGUGACGCGGGGAGGACACUUUACCAAAGAAACGCGCGCAUCAAAGUGACACAUCUGCAGUGCGACUUUUGUGAGGCAACAUGGAAGCCCUGCCUGGGCGGGCUCCUUCUUGGGAAAAGAAAUAAUUUCGUCGUUUCAGCACUAAAUUCCGUUUGUUUCUAGGAAUAUUGUUUUUCUUUUGGCUACCUGCUAUCCCCCUGGGGGCUGGGAAAGGACACUGUACUGAGAGACAAUGUCGUGCAAGGCGACAGAGCGGUGAGUCGCUCGACUCGCUCGCUGCCCUCGAGAGCAGCAUCCGCUCAGCCGCUGCGCGCGCCGGGCCGCCUCUCCAGCGGUAGCUCUCUGUGUGGCGGGCCGGGGUGCCGGGUGGCGGGCGGCGAGCCGCAGCACCGUACAGUGAGUCGGUUGCCGCGUCCCUCCCUGUGGCUGAGCGUGUCACACCCGCUGUGGCUCACCGGCUCCGUCACCAGCCAUCCUACCAGCUGCAGUAAGAGGGGAAAGAAAGGCUCCGCCGGGGAACCGCAGCUCGCUACAGACAAACCGACGUUUUUGAAGGCAGAGGCGGCUGUGAGCGGAACAUGUCACAGUUGCUCCUCGCAGUUGUUCUCCUUCAUAUUGGCGGAGCGGAGCGGACCGUGUUGGACUCCGCGGAAUUAGCUCGAUGCUAACGUGCCCUUUUCCGACUUCACGGCUGCAGCGUGAGCGCUGGGCAGCAAACAAGCAGUUGUACUCUCUUCUUAAUUAAGGGGGGGAAAAAAAAGCUACCCCCCCCCCCCAAAAAAAAAAAAAAUGAAGAAAAGCGAGAACAAAAACAAACGCAAGCUGUGCAACCCAGGGCCAGAAGAGCAGGCGAGCGGGUCCGCGGUGAAGGAUGAGAAAGAGUUUGCAGCACCGCCUCCACUCCUCUUCCGGAAGCUCAGUAACCCUGAUCUGUCGCCUGCAGCGGGAAAGGCACGACUCCAGCGGCAGUUAAGUCAGGACGACAGCCGUGACAGGCGCAACAGCAUGGCCAGCGGCCUUACCGGAAAGCAGCUCCUUCCCCUAUCCAGUAGUUUACAUGGAGGGGUGAGCCAGCUGGUCCAGCCACCCUCUGGGGAGCCCAACAACCUGGUGCGCAUGAGGAGCCAGGCCCUGGGCCAGUCUGCCCCCUCACUCACCGCUGGCCUGAAGGAGCUGAGCCUUCCACGAAGGGGCAGUUUCUGUCGGACCAACAACAGGAAGAGCCUCAUUGUGACGUCCAGUACCUCACCCACUCUGCCACGGCCCCACUCGCCCCUCCAUGGUCACCCAGGAAGUAGCCCUGUCGACAGUCCCCGAAACUUCUCCCCAAGUGCUGCAGCCCACUUCUCCUUCGUCCCGGCUCGCAGUCAUGGGCACAGGGCUGACAGAACCGAUGGUCGCCGCUGGUCUCUGGCCUCACUGCCGUCCUCUGGCUAUGGGACCAACACGCCCAGCUCCACAGUCUCGUCGUCAUGUUCAUCCCAGGAGAAGCUGCACCAGUUGCCGUUCCAGCCGACGGCCGAUGAGCUGCACUUCCUCACCAAGCACUUCAGCUCAGAGAGCAUCACGGAUGAGGAGGGCCGCCGCUCUCCUGCACUGCGGCCUCGUUCCCGCAGCCUCAGCCCUGGUCGCUCACCUGUAUCCUUCGAUCAUGAGAUCGUUAUGAUGAACCAUGUAUACAAGGAACGGUUCCCCAAGGCCACAGCUCAGAUGGAGGAGCGUCUGGCUGACUUCCUAUCCUCCUCCAUGCCGGAGAAGGUGACCCCUCUGGCGGAUGGCGUGCUGAGCUUCAUCCACCACCAGGUGAUAGAGCUGACACGCGACUGCCUGGACAAGUCCCGUGACGGCCUCAUCACAUCCCGCUACUUCUAUGAGCUGCAGGAAAACCUGGAGAAACUGCUGCAGGAUGCCCACGAGCGGUCAGAGAGUGCGGAGGUCACCUUCGUGACCCAACUGGUCAGGAAGCUGAUGAUUAUCAUCGCUCGGCCUGCCCGUCUCCUCGAGUGUCUGGAAUUUGACCCAGAGGAGUUCUAUCACUUGCUGGAAGCUGCUGAAGGUCAUGCAAAAGAGGGACAGGGCAUCAAGUCAGAUAUUCCUCGCUACAUCAUCAGCCAGCUGGGCCUCACCAGGGAUCCCCUGGAGGAAAUGGCCCAGCUGAGCAGCUAUGACAGUGGCAACCCAGACACUCCAGAGACAGACGAAUCUGUGGAGAGCCGUAGUGGUGCAGUCCAGCCAGCCAAGGCAAAGACACCGCGUGAGGAAGACUUUGAGAACAUCAAGCUGAUCAGCAAUGGGGCCUAUGGUGCAGUGUUCCUGGUCCGCCACAAAGAGACGCGGCAGCGAUUUGCCAUGAAGAAGAUCAACAAGCAGAACCUGAUCCUCAGAAACCAAAUCCAGCAGGCCUUUGUGGAACGAGACAUCCUAACUUUUGCUGAGAAUCCCUUUGUAGUCAGCAUGUUUUGCUCCUUUGAGACACGACGCCACCUCUGCAUGGUCAUGGAGUAUGUGGAAGGGGGAGACUGCGCUACUCUGCUGAAGAACAUUAGGGCAUUGCCUGUAGACAUGGCCAGGAUGUACUUCGCGGAGACAGUCCUUGCCCUUGAAUACUUGCACAAUUAUGGAAUCGUCCACAGGGACCUCAAACCUGACAAUCUACUGAUUACCUCAAUGGGACACAUCAAACUGACUGAUUUUGGACUGUCCAAGAUCGGCUUGAUGAGCCUCACUACGAACCUGUAUGAGGGGCACAUUGAGAAGGAUGCGCGUGAGUUCUUGGAUAAACAGGUUUGCGGGACACCGGAGUACAUAGCACCUGAGGUGAUCCUGAGGCAGGGCUAUGGAAAACCAGUGGACUGGUGGGCAAUGGGUGUGAUCCUGUACGAGUUUCUAGUUGGUUGCGCUCCCUUCUUCGGAGAUACACCAGAAGAGCUUUUUGGCCAGGUCAUUAGCGAUGAGAUAAUCUGGCCAGAGGAGGAUGAGGCUUUACCCCCCGAUGCCCAGGACCUCAUCUCCAAGCUGCUGCGACAGAACCCCUUGGAGCGGCUAGGGACAGGUGGUGCAUUUGAGGUAAAGCAGCAUCGAUUCUUCACUGAUCUGGACUGGAACAGCCUUCUGAGGCAGAAAGCAGAGUUCAUCCCCCAGCUGGAGUCAGAGGAUGACACCAGCUACUUUGACACCCGUUCUGAUAGGUAUCAUCAUGUAGACUCUGAAGAGGAGGAGGAUACCAACGAUGAUGAGCAUGUGGAGAUUCGCCAGUUCUCCUCCUGCUCCCCUCGAUUUAGCAAGGUGUACAGCAGUAUGGAACGCUUGUCUCUGCAUGAGGAAAAGAGGACUCCGCCACCCACCAAACGCAGCCUGAGCGAGGAGGGUGGAGACCGCAUUGACAGCCUGGGUGGCCUCAAAGCGCGUGACCGCAGUUUGAUGGUUGGAUCACCUGAAAUCUUACGGAAGCGCCUGUCUGUGUCCGAGUCUUCACACACGGAAAGCGACUCUAGCCCACCGCUCACGGUGCGCCGGCGUUGUUGCUCCGCCAUUAUCGAGAUGCCACGCUUUGCCAUCUCAGCUGAGGAAGAUGGGGGCAGCAGCAGAAGGAGCCCCUCGUUGUUACCCCAGACUUCAGGGAGAGGCCCUCGAGGGGAGGAGCUGCCCCUGUCCAUUCCAGAACUGCCCGUGGAGAGGGAACUUAAGCUGGAGGAGUCCCCCACUACACCUGGCUCUAAUAGUAGCCUCCUGAGCAGGGCCACCCUUACCCCCGGUGGUUCAGGUGACCAAUGGGAGCGCUCCACUCCACGUGGACUCUCUGAGGGGGCAGAUAGCUCCACCCCGAAGGCAAUCAGCGACCUGGCGGCUCGGCGCGCCCGCCACAGGCUACUGUCUGGCGAGUCGCUAGAGAAGCACACAUCACGGCCCCUCAACAAAGUUAUCAAGUCUGCCUCAGCCACCACACUUUCACUCAUGAUCCCUCCAGACCACCAUGGUGCAUCCCCGUUGGCUAGUCCCAUGUCACCCCACUCUGUUUCCUCCAACCCCUCAUCCCGGGACUCCUCACCCAUACGGGACCUUUCCCCAGCCAUCUGCAACCCCAAGCCAGCCAUUGUCAUCCACCGUGCUGGAAAGAAGUAUGGCUUCACCCUCCGGGCCAUCCGUGUCUACAUGGGAGACUCAGACGUCUACACUGUGCACCAUAUGGUCUGGCAUGUGGAGCAAGGUGGUCCUGCACAUGAGGCUGGACUAAGGGCGGGAGACCUCAUCACUCACGUCAAUGGAGAGCCAGUACACGGCCUGGUGCACACAGAGGUCGUAGAGCUCAUCCUCAAGAGUGGCAGCAAGGUUUCCAUCUUGGCCACGCCUUUUGAGAACACCUCCAUCAAGGUGGGUCCAGCCAGGAAAUCCAGCUAUAAGUCCAAAAUGGCCCGUCGCAACAAGAAGACCAAGACUAAAGAGAGUCAGGACAGUAGCAAGAAGAAAACCUCCUUGUUCCGCAAGAUCACUAAGCAGGCCUCCCUCCUGCACACCAGCCGGAGCCUCUCCUCCUUGAACCGUUCCCUAUCAUCUGGCGAGAGUGUCCCAGGGUCCCCCACACACAACCUCUCCCCACGCUCCCCCACGCAGGGCUACCGCUCUACUCCUGACUCUGUGCACUCUGUGGGUGGGAAUUCGUCCCAGAGCAGCUCCCCCAGCUCUAGCGUGCCCAACUCCCCUGCCAGCUCCGGCCACAUCCGGCCCAGCUCCCUACAUGGCCUGGGCCCCAAGCUGCAACGCCAGUAUCGUUCGCCCCGUCGCAAGUCAGCAGGCAACAUUCCUUUGUCCCCGCUGGCCCGCACGCCAUCACCUACGCCACAGAGCACAUCCCCUCAGCGGUCACCCUCUCCCCUGGCUAGCCAUGCCUUGGGCCCACCCUUUCCAGUGAAGUUGCAUUCAUCCCCACCUCUGGUGCGGCAGAUCUCCCGGCCUAAGAGUGCAGAGCCGCCUCGUUCUCCGCUGCUGAAGCGAGUGCAAUCUGCUGAGAAACUGGCUGCCUCCUUCUCCUCCACCACUUCCUUGCCCUCCCCUUCCUCCACGGUCACAGCUCGCAAGCACAGCUUGGACACCUCACACACUGACUUUAGAAAGGAGAUUCUGCAGCGGGACCCCAGUUUACAGAGCCUGCAGGAGUCAGCUUGUGAGAAUGUUCUGGGGGGCAGGGUGGCUUCUGCUGAGAAGGGCAGCCUGCAGAAACACCCCUCCUCCCGUAAAUUGGGCCGGCAGGAAGCCCCGGAGGCAGGCGGUGGGGGUGGUGCCCUGGGACUGGCCCCCGGGAAGAGCAAGCUAAAGGACAAGCUAUCGGCAAUCCGACAGGAUCGAGCUGAGCGGCGGGAGUCUUUGCAGAAGCAGGACGCCAUCCAUGAGGUGGACUCUUCUGAGGACGAGACAGAUGAGGGCUCUGAGGACAGCCAGGAUGGACGCAGGGUAGGUGGGUGGGGUGACAGCAGGCUCAAGAGUAAGGAGGAUGGGCCCUUCAUUCCUCCAGCCUCAGUGUUCCGGCCCACUACUGUGAUGGCUUCAUCUGCAGUCAGAACUGGGAAAGAACCUUCCUGUAGCGAGUUCUCCACCCUGUCCACCACCACCACCACGUUACAAUCAUGCAGACAGCCACAGGCAUCAGCUGUGGGCAAAACAGAAGAAGAGAAGCCAGAACAAACCCAGGGCCGCACCAUCAAGGGCAGCAGCCCUGCAGAGGUCCAGGUGCAGGAGGCCCAGUCCUGUGCUGGUCCACUUUCGCAGGGAUCCCAGAAUAAGCUACACAGCACCUUCGCCACCCCAGGAAGUGCUUUCAUCUCAGUCAGCAAGGAGCCCACCCAAAAGCCAGCAACAGCUUCAGAUCCUGCUAUUCUGGCUGCAGUCCCACAGGACUUUAGGAACCUUCCUGAGCUCCAGGGAAAGAAAAGUGCUGUUGAGACCAAGCCUGAGGACAAGAAUCUGGCUAAAGUUAAUUCCACGUCUAAGCCCAAAUCCGCAGAGUUCAAAGAACCUGUCACUCCAUUGAUCGGGAUGAGCAAGGAGAAAAAGGAAGCAGACAACCGAAGGCAGGCACUUAAUGCUGCUGCAAGUGUCUCCCAGCUAACCGACAGCGGGGUGGACAAAGUAGUUUCCCAGCUGGCUACUGUGGCUAAAAGUGUGUUGGGGCCAGUCAAACUCAGCAUCCCUGGAGCUAAGGAGGCUUUUGAAAAGGCCAAAGACCUGCGACCAGCAAAUCCCCUUCAACCUGCAGGCAGAGACCAGGAAAGGUGCGAUGCAACUACAUCAACUCCGGGUGCUGCAGUGGCUCCGCCGCCCAGACAGCCUAGUCCCCUACCUGCUCCUCAGCCAGAGUCUCCUGCCAAAAGUGUGCCAGCUGUUCUGCAGCCAAGGCUGGCUCACCAGACUGGAGAUGGGAGGCAGCCUGCGCCAGCCAAAGAUUCCAGCCAGCCCUCCGAAGAGCCCCAGGAGAGGCUGAGCUUGCCGCACAGCGGCCGGGAUGAGCUCGCGCAGAGGCCGGCUGCGCAGGGUCAUCACUCUGGGGGCACAAGGAAGAGGCAGGAGAGUCAGACCCAGCAGAAACCUGGUGCAUCAACUCCACAGGACAAGAUGGGCAAGAAAACGUAGCGGCAGACCUGAUUUUAAUUACAAAACGCAUGUUUGAAUAAUAGAACAAUCAAGACACUAAUCUGAGUGAUGUCAGAUGUUUAUCAAAAAAACAAAACAGGGAGAAACUGUACCCCUCCAGUCUGGAUUGUAUAUGCUGUAUGUUGAAAAUCAAAAUGACAUCUGGAUUGUUACUAUUAUUUUCCGACUGAGUUGAAAUCUGCGUUCCUCUUGCUAAGAGGUGUUGAUAGAAAUGAACAUCUUGUGUUUCCUGCUGCGUUAUAGGGAAAGGUUUUGGAAACAUGUUUUCCCCAGUUUACAUUGUCGGUAUUUCAUGCUUUAGAGAUAGUCUAUGUCAGUUUUUUGGUAAUAGUACUAACUAGCUGUGCCUUAAUUGAAGAAAAAAAAAAUUCUCAUCUGCAUGUUUUUCCAAAAGCAACUAUGGGGGGAAUCGUAUUUUAGCAAUAAAAGUAGCGUAUGCUUAGCAAUUUGUAUAUUAAUUAGCAUCAAGUCACCAAAUUGUUUUCCAUUGGCUCUUGUUCUUCACUUGCACCUACUGACAUUACAAAACAGAUGUCAUUAUGGUGUUUUAAAGUGUAAAUUAAGUAGCAUUUAUAGUACUGUCAGUAAAUGUGGAAACAACUUGUUUUUCUGACCUUCUAAUGCAUCAUCACCCAUCAUAUCACAAACACCAUGUAUGGUGUGUGAAGUCUAUCAUUGUGGUAGGGAAAUGGGUAAGUCCUCAAUGCCUGCUGUGUCUGAUCUCACAACAUGAUGCGUGUUUUUUUUU